CUCAUCGUGUGCUUUCAAUAACGACAAACAACGUCUACCUGCCACAACCAUCCAUCCACACAACCCUGUAAACUGACAAACCUCUCCCGACUACCUCUUUUUUCCUCGUGGAGUUUCAGAAAGUAGAAAUUCACACCCAACCAUACACGACCAAAACACCAGGUCUUGCCCCCACCAAGCGCCUAGACGCCAGUCACAUCUCAACUCCAAACAACCCAUCCUAUUUUACAAGAAAGAGCAAGGGAAACGAGGUAUAUCAACCCCAGAAGUCAACGAGAGCAGUUGCUGCCAUGCCGUCGCCACCACCACUACCACCACCGCCAUCGUCGUCAGAGCCGGAGUUGGCUAGCAUCUUCGCAGGAAAAGUCAUCUUGAUCACGGGUGCGGGAAGCGGUGUUGGCCGCGCCCUCGCCCACCACAUCUCCACCCUCCUCCCCCCCUCCCAACAGCCACCACCACUGUCCCAACAACAACCCACACACCUCAUCCUCCUAGACACCGACUUCACCUCCCUCGAACGCACCUCCCGCCUCUGCCGCUCCACCUCCCCCACCAUCAAAAUCACCCUCUCAGACACAGACGCCUCCUCCGCCCAAGAAGUCUCCACCUGUCUCGCCGAGCACGCCGCCGCACGCGGUAUCGACUACGUCAUCACCACCCCCUCCCCUUCUCCCCCGUCCGUAGCGUCACGGGCGGGACUGGCGGGGAUGACAGACGCGCAAUUCGACGACGCGGUGAGUGAGGGGUUGAGGGGCGUGUUUAAUGUGUGUAGGGGGUUCGCUGGUACCUCCGCUUCUCGGCCUGGUGGGGGGGUCGUUAAUGUCGUUAAGGCGGUGUCUGGAGGGGUGGUGGAUGAGGCGUGUUUGUGGGGUGUUGUUGGG